UGCUUUGGCGGAACUAGUAACGUUGCUGCCAUGUGAUCAAGCGAUUGCGGGUUUAAGUCGUGUAACUGCCUCUUGUACAGUACACUAUCCCACAUGUAGUGGCAGUUUUAGUGUACCGGGUUGUCUUUUAGAAAUUCCAUGAGAUCGAGUAUGGAAUUCUGUUUACUCACUUUAAAUUGAGUAUCUGUUUCCCCCUUUCCUGCUAGGAUUGGAAAUCCUGUGUUUUACACUAAGUUACUCGGACUCUUCACUUUCGGUGCCGCACCCGUGUCGACAAGACAUGGGUGUGGGUGUGGGUGUGGGAUCCGUACCCGAAAUGGUCAACCGAUUUUGGAUACUUUGACCAAAAUUGACUGGGAAAGUCCAGACAAUUUAAGAAAUUCUAUAAUCAAAAUAAAAGCUAGGGUGAAAUUGAAGAAAAUGGUCUUUUUAUGUCCUUUCAUGAUUUUUUUGUUGAAAAAUAUUUUCUCCUUAAAUUUUCCACAUAAUAUCUUAAAAUUUAUGUUUUAUAACUCUAUUUUUAGACAUUUAAAUUAUUUUUCGCCGAAUCCCCGCACCCGUAUCCAUCCCUAGAUCCAUAUCCCCGAAUCUUUAAAUUGAGACAGUGAAGGAUCCGACCUCUAGAUCCGUACCCAUAUCGAACACCCGCACCCGAGUCCGAGCAACUUAGGUUUUACAUAUCCAUUUGAUUGAGUCCUUGGUUUCCGAUUCAAAUUGUUUGUUGACAUGGACAAAGUGACAAAAUUUGACAAUUGUGUAGCAUUCCAUAAGCCUAUAGAACGCACAUUAAGUCCAGAAUUAGACCUUACCAUCAUGUUCAUCACACGGCUCUGGAAGAAAAUGUCUUGAAUUAAGUUACCACAACAUCUUUAAACUAAAGUUGAUAAGAGAUAGGACGUUCUUACUUAUUUAUUUUGUCUAUGGAAUACGUUCGCUCAAGGGGAGACUUGAUUCAUCUCAUUCUUUUAGUGUCUGGAACAAGCUGAUUGCACAACAAUGUAAUAUACAUAAAAGAGGAUUUUGCUGUUUGUUAUCUCUCUUUAGACACCCCAUUCUGUCUUUUAGCAUUUGACGUUGACACAAUUAAAAGGAGAGGCAUAGUUUUAUCUGUGAUUCCAACUAGAUUUGAAUGGGUCUAUUGUCUUUAGAUAUAUGAUAUCAAUGAAAACUGCUUGUUUUGUGUGAAUAAGUAGAAGGGACGUGAAACACACAAGAUGUUAUAUUGGUACAAAGGAUACACUAAGAAAAGAAGCCUUUAUCAUGUCAUAUAGUUCUUCAGCGUUCACAAAUUAGUUAAAGCUUUGCUUUUGGUUCAUUAGAUUAUUCAGUAUGUUAAAAAUAUAAGGUCCAUGUUCCUUCGAUAGUUCAGUGUUGUCUCCCUGAAUUGACAAUUUAUGCAGAAGAUAAAUGAAGAAGAGAUGGAAUUCAUCUUAAGUUUGUGGACAAAAUAGUAUGAAAUUGAGAUGAAUGUGUCUUCUCUGGUCACUGGUCAUCGUCUCCUAAUCCUCCUCGUGUAAAUUGAAGUAAGGCUGCCUUCUCCAGAAACCUUGAGCCUACUCUGUAUCUGUAAUUGUAUAUGCAUGUACAAAUUACUGGGAAACAAAUAACAUGUUGCUGAAAUUGGUCUUUGGCUGAAUUCGGGGGUGUUGAACUCAUUAAUCAAGCUGGUUGUCUUCCUGUUCGAGCCUGCUCAUAUCUUUUUGGUGUUAUACUCCUUAAAUUGAACACUAUCAACUUGACCAUAGGUUUGUUUUUGAUGCCUCAGAAGAACUGAUAGCAUGUCUGGUAGCAUGUUCUAGGAUAUAGCUUGGAGGUCAUGUCAGAGGAGAGGUCAACAAUGUACCAAGGCAUCUAAUUAGCAAUGUGGUGCAACUGUUUUCGUGUCUGGACAAGAUUACAUACAUUGAAUGGGCCCCUGAUUCCGAAUAUAUACUUUGUGGUCUUUACAAGAAACCUAUGAUACAAGCAUGGUCUUUGACACAACCUGAGUGGACAUGUAAAAUAGAUGAAGGUCCUGCAGGAGUUGCUUAUGCUAGGUGGAGUCCAGAUAGUCGUCACAUACUCACCACAUCUGAGUUUCAGCUACGGUUAACUGUUUGGUCACUGGUUAACACAGCAUGCAUACAUGUUCAAUGGCCAAAACAUGGGUCUAAGGGGGUAUCAUUUACCAAGGAUGGAAAGUUUGCUGCUGUUUGCACCAGACGUGAUUGCAAGGAUUAUGUUAAUCUGCUAUCUUGCCAUACAUGGGAGAUAAUGGGUGUUUUCGCUGUGGACACAUUGGAUUUGGCUGAUGUUCAGUGGUCUCAAGAUGACAGUGCUAUAGUCAUCUGGGAUUCUCCUCUUGAGUACAAGGUUCUGAUCUAUUCUCCAGAUGGAAGGUGUCUGUCUAAGUAUCAAGCAUACGAGAGCGGACUAGGAGUAAAAAGCGUUUCAUGGUCACCUUGCAGCCAGUUUUUAGCAGUGGGAAGCUAUGACCAGAUGUUACGGGUUUUGAAUCACCUGACGUGGAAAGUAUUUGCAGAAUUUGUUCACCCAUCUGCUGUUAGAGGUCCUUGUUGUGCUGCUAUCUUCAAGGAAGUGGAUGAACAACUUGAUAUGUCAGAAUUAUCACUAGGUGAUGAUUUCGUCCAGUACAGUAGUGAUAAUGCUUCUGAGGCACAUAUUCAAGUAAGAUACAAUGUUUUGGAGAUACCUAUCAAUCUCCCUUCUCAGAAACCUCCUGCAGAUAAGCCGAAUCCCAAACAAGGAAUCAGCCUGAUGUCAUGGAGCAGCGAUUGUCAAUAUAUUUGCACUCGCAAUGAUAGCAUGCCUACUGUACUCUGGAUAUGGGACAUAAACCAUCUUGAGCUAGCUGCCAUCUUAGUUCAGAAAGAUCCCAUCCGGACUGCAGCCUGGGAUCCCACAUGUCCACGUUUGGUUUUAUGUACUGGAAGCUCCCACUUGUACAUGUGGACACCUUUGGGUGCUUAUUGCAUAAAUGUUCCAUUGCCUCAAUUUGCUGUAAUUGAUCUGAAAUGGAACUCAGAUGGGAGCUGCCUUUUUCUCAAAGACAAGGAGUCAUUCUGCUGUGCUGCUCCGGAGAUACUGCAGGAAUCCAGUGAUUAUAGCUCUGACGACUGAUGAUUCUAUCAUACACAUAAUGAAACUUAAUGGAGCUGAAAUUUUUUGCUCAUCACAUCUCCCAAAGUAUCAUCCCUCAAGGAGGCAGCUUAGCUUGCUUAUUAUUUUUCAGUUUGCACUAUUGACAUGGAGGAAGAGGUAAUCUUAGGCUGUAAUAAUCUGGUUUAUUUGCAUUCUAAUGGCGUAUAUUUGAGAUCCAAAAAGGUAGGACAGAUUUUAGAAUCCAGAUUUGUAACGUAAUCUCCUGACAGAUAAGUCAAAGGGGGUCUUUUGAGAGGACCUUUGCCUAUGCUGGAUACCAAAUUUAAUGUACUAAUAAAUUAUCUCUAAGUUAAUGCGCAAUGCCUGAAGCACAACUAUUGCCUGCAUGCGAUGGAGUGUUCCAUCCCAUCUCAAAAACACAAAGGUUUCUUCACUGGCUUGCAGUGCCUUGACUUGAGUUCUAACUGUCGGAUUGAGUGAGAUUACCAGAUAUCUGCGACUACAUCUUUAGAUUCAUCGAUCUAUUUUGAUGGAAGAUGGUGCAAGUGCAACGAACAGUUGGUUCGAAAACAUUCCCCAGCUCACUGUGAACUGAACAAUUGAAAUUUUGGGCACAAACAAGUUUAAGUGGAAAUAUUGGCUUAUUUAUUCUUCA